GCCAUCGUAUCCGGAGUUACUUUUAAUAUAUAUAUAUAUAUAUGUAUCAUGUCUUUCAAUAUUUUAAUAGACUUUUGAGGAGUAGAGCUUUUAUCUGUACAUAAUAUUUAAAUUUGAAAAUAUUAACAAAAUUAUUAUUUUUUUAAUCACGGGCUAUUUAUUUUUCAAAAUUAUUUUUAUCGGUUCCGCGGAUUUUUUAAAUUCAAGGACACUUGUGACUUUUUACGUGUUUAUUUCCCCGCUAACUUGAGCGCAAACGUGACCUUGUCUUUUAUUAAUUUUUGUGGUUAAAUAAAUAAAGUAAUUAAUUAAUUAAAUAUUUAUAUUUAUCGUGUAAAGUAAAACUUUUAAAAUACUAGUGAUUAAUUUUUAAUUCAUGUGAUCAAGAUCGUGUGUGUUUAUUUAAAUAAAGGCGGAAUUUUAAAUUUGAAUAAUUGAGUCAUCAAGAGCCUCAGCCUAUUGAGCAAAGAGGGCGAAGGACUUGCCAACGAAGAUGGGGCUUCAACGCACCCCACCUUGGCUUUGAUGAGACGCAUCCUCUCUGAUGCUCAGACAAAACUCCGCGUGAUGGUGGAGGAGAACGCAGCAACGGGUGCCCGGCUGGACGGGGAGUUGGAACGCGCACGUGGUGAAUGUGCAAGUCUCCGGGGUGAAUUGAGAACCGUCCGCGGCGCCCUUGUGCUCAACAAUAAUCACCAAAAUAAUGGAGCCUCGAGUAAUGGCAGUAAUCUCAGUGGUACUUCGACAAACAGCACAAGUACUAGUGCCAGCAGUACAACAACUUCUAACAAUUUAUCAGCACCACCGAGUCAAGACAGCACAGAGUCUAUGGGGCACAAUAGUCAAGAAGAACCAUCGAAACGUUUAAGUGCUAACAGUAGUCCCGUUGACAAAAGAAGCUCCGCUAGUGAAAAAUCAGUCAGCCCUAUUGACAAAGGCAACAGUCCGAUUGAUAAAAAAGAUCGUGCUAGUCCUAUUGAUCGCUCUAAAACUAGUCCAUCUGUUGAGAGAAAAAAUAGCUCACCCAGCCGCAGCCCCAGUGAAAAAACCCGACGUCCGUGGACAUCUGCGGUGGAGAAGACGCGAAUCAGUGGCUCGGGUGGUAGCGUUGACUCGAGGUCCGGCAGUGCAAGUCCAGAUCGUGGUUCACGGACCACAAGUUUCUUUCAACGUAGCGGAAGCGAACGUUCUAGCGGUGAGAGACUGCGAAUCACAACCAACCGCGAUUCAAUACGAUCCAACAAGGACUCCAGCACAGAACACGACAAGGAUAGUUGUGGCAAAGACAUAAUUGAUGGUGAUGUAAGACCAGAUGAAGACAACGAACCUCCUGCUCCGGCUCCCAGCAGCAGGCCGACAUCUCCCACUAGCUCUCUCGCUUCACGAUUUUCUGGUCUCCAUACUGGUACUUCAGUUGAGAUAGCAAGCACUCGAAGAUUACGUUUAGAAAAUGAACGUCUUGUGGCAGAAGUUGCGCGAUUACGUCGCUUAUUGCUGAGCGGUGCAGCGCGAGGUGAAGUGGGUGGUGAAGAUGCAGCUAUCGAAGAAGAAGCUCGUUUCGUGGCUCUAGAAAUGGAGUUGCAACACUCUCGGGAGAUUAUCCAAGCCCUCAAAACUGAUCGCAAGAGGCUUAAGGCUGAGAAAUUCGAUCUACUCAAUCAAAUGAAAGCACUUUACAGUACUCUUGAAGACAAGGAACGUGAACUCCGUGACUUUAUACGGAAUUACGAACAGCGGAUGAGGGAAAACGAAGCGACACUUGGACGGCUUCAGCACGGAGGUGGAUUACCAAAUGAAGAACGUGAACGAGAACGUGAACGUGAACGCUGGAGUCUCCUGAGAGCCGCCAGAGAUGAAGCUGACCGUAGUGUCAGUUUGGCAGCAAGUCUUGCUGAUAAAGAAGCUGCACUUUCUCAUGCUCAUGCGACUAUUAAAGAACUUCAACGUCAAUUAGGCGAUCGAGGUAUUGGAAAUGUAUGUUUGAGCGAUCAGGAAUCCCUGGUAUCGUUUCCCCGAGGCAGCGUUAAUGGGACAGCAACACCUGGCGCCUGUAGCAACAGCGGAGUUGGAAAUUGUGUGCCGAUGCUACUCCCGCAUCUGGGAUCCCAGCCGCCCUUGGGCAUCACUGAUAUCUGUGUGGGCAGUGUCACUGGCACGGGUGUGUCUGGCAUCGGACAAGCUGGCGAUCGUGGAAGUUGCAGUGCUGAUAGCGGCGUACGAGGAUCCAGCGACCGUGAAAGCGGUGGUGCCACUAGUGUUGGCGGCAAUUUAUCUGAUUCUACUACUGAUGGCACACCAACAAUAACUGUUGAGGGAAGUGGCCUCGACAUGGACAGCAUCUCCGUGAUCUCUUCCAUAGCCCCAUCGCACAUGUACCAGUCAGCGACAACGCCAAAAGACUGCAGUCCGACACUGUCGCCAUUGAACGCAUUCUCACGGGCGAUGGACACAUCCUCAAUGUCGCGAUCCGUCGAGCAGCUCUCCAGCCCGAUGGACUCUGAGCCGAGGAGAUGUAAACAGAGUCCACCUGUCGUAGCACCUGUCGCUCACGUACGCUCGUCUGCGACAAGAGGCGGGCCUUGGGGCUCCAUUUCAAGGGUUUUCGCACGCUCGCGUCACCGGAAAGCGAUAAACAGUUCUGUGAGCGGCAGCGCCGGAAACGAGGGCCCGGAUGCCUUCGAUCCAUACAGAUCCUGGUCGCCCCUCACCGAGGAAGGCUACGCCGAGAAGCUGAGACUACUCAGGGAGGCUGCGACAAUACCAAUGGAACGUUGGCGUGCACCAACUGUCCUCGCUUGGCUUGAGGUGGCUCUCGGUAUGCCGCAAUAUGGACCGAGAUGCGCUGAAAAUGUCAAGUCCGGAAAGGUACUGCUAGAGCUGAACGACGCGGAACUUGAAGCAGGUCUUGGUAUAACGCACCCACUUCACAGGAAGAAACUAAGACUUGCUAUUGAAGAGCAUCGUCAUCCAAGUCUUGUUCGUUAUCCCUGCAUCGCCCAACUUGGUCACACUUGGGUUAGUUCUGAGUGGUUACCAGAUCUAGGUCUUGCUCAAUACUCCGAGAGCUUCGCCACAAACAUGGUAGACGCCCGUAUGUUAGAUCAUAUUGUUAAAAAAGAAUUGGAAAAGUUGCUCGGAGUUACGAGGAAAUUUCACCAAGCAAGUAUUAUGCAUGGAAUUAAUUUACUGAGGAUGCUCAAGUAUGACAGACAGGCUUUGGCUGUUAGGAGGCAUCAGUGCGAGCAAGUCGACGAGGAUCCAUUAGUUUGGACUAAUCAGAGAUUUAUUAGAUGGGCGAGGAAUAUCGACUUGGCUGAGUAUGCUGAUAAUCUUAAAGAUUCCGGAGUACACGGUGCACUGGUAGUGUUGGAGCCUUCAUUUACGGGUGACACGAUGGCAACAGCCCUUGGAAUUCCGCCAGCUAAGCACAUGAUACGCCGACAUCUGACAGCUGAGCUAGAAGCACUCGUUUUACCAGCAAGAAGUCAGCUGGAGAUUGUCCCGAGGAACCACAUCGGAGCGAGGCCAAUGAGUACCGUGAGCGCGGGAGGAAGUCUUGGUCGAGGAAAUCGGACUCUCCAUCUCCAGCAUCACCAGAGCUCUCUCUCUGCCCUCCACAUGCCCACCAACAACAAUAAUCACAACAACAGCUUAAAUACUAUCGAUAGACGACGUUCCAGUCUCAGGACCUGCAGUCUUCUUUACCUUAAAAAGUUGUCAUGGAGAAGCUCUCAGGGAUCAUUGAGUCGAGCACUAGGUCUUCGUCCUCGCAGUGAGAAAGCAUCGCCGUCGUCGUCGUCAGAGACUGGAAGCUUGGCCAGUCAGUGUCAAUAUAUGAGCAGUCUACGAAGUAAUUCACCGCCACCUCCACAGUUGCCCCCGCGACCGAAUGCCAACGGCGGGAUCGCGACUGCCAUCGGAAGCGGAAGUGGGAAUGGGAUCGGAAUCGGGAUUGGAAGUGGAGGCAAACGUCAUCGUCGGGUAAAAAGCAUAGGAGACAUUGAGUACAUAACGAAUGCGCCUGUCAGCACACCAGUCUGACAAGAGGACAGGCCCCAUCGUUCGGGGCCUUAUCGGAGUCUCAGCGAACGCGGCUAUUCGUCGUCUUAUUCAUCGGCGUCAACGACUUCUCAGUACGGUUCAUA